AAAAAAACCUACUCCUCGUUAUGGGAAAGCGAAAUAGAACAGCGUUAUUACCAAAUAAUUUACCACAAUUACAAAAUCUUAUAAAACGAGAUCCUAUAUCUUAUAAACGAGAUUUUUUACAACAAUAUAGACAUUAUGAAUCACAGUUAGAUAUAUUUAAAUUAAAACCCGAUGAAGAAGCUGAAGAAUUUGGAAGUUUAAUAACUUUUAUUUCACAGGUAGCACAAUGUUAUGUACAAGAAACUAGCUCAUUUCCACAACAAAUUAUAAGCCUACUUUCAGAAAAUUAUCAAAUAUUACACCCUAAUUUACGUAAAACUAUGGUACAGACAUUAGUUUUAUUACGUAAUAAAGAUAUUAUACCAAGUGUCACUCUAUUGUCGCUAUUCUUUACAUUAUUCCGAACUAGAGACAAACAAUUAAGAGAGUUAUUAUAUUCAUAUAUAGUAACAGAUAUAAAAAAUCAAAAUGCUAAACAUAAAAAUAACAAGCUUAAUAAAACUUUACAAAGUUUUAUGUAUACAAUUUUACAAGGACAACAACAGCAGCAACAAAACAAUGUAAAAAUAGGAGGAGGAAGAAUAAAUUCUGAAAUGAGUGAAAAUUCGAUUGCUGCAAAAAAAAGUUUGGAUGUUUGCAUUGAAUUAUAUAGAAAAGGAAUUUGGAAUGAUGCCAAAACAACUAAUGUAAUUGCUGAAGCUUGUUUUCAUCAAGUAACAAAAAUUAGAGUUACUGCUAUACAAUUUUUUUUGGGAUCAAAUCAAGAUCAGGAUGAUGAUAGUAGUGAAGAAGAGAAACAAUUACCAAAUGUAAAAAAAUUACAACAUAUUAAUCAAAUUAAUAAAACAAAAAAAUCUAGAAAAAGAAAAUUAGAAAAAGCUUUAGUAUCUAUUCGUAAAAAAGAAUUACAAAAACAUAAGGCUGAAAAUUUUAAUUUUUCCGCUUUACAUUUAUUAAAUGAUCCUCAAGGAUUUUCGGAAAAAUUAUUUUCUACUUUAACUAACUCACAAUUUAAUGAUCGUUUUGAAAUAAAAAUAUUAUCAUUAAAUCUAAUUUCUCGUAUAAUUGGUAUUCAUAAAUUAGUUUUAUUGAAUUUUUAUAGUUAUUUACAAAGGUAUUUACAACCGCAUCAACGUGAUGUUACAUUAGUAUUAGUAAUAUUGGCUCAAGCUUGUCAUGAACUUGUUCCUCCUGAUGUAUUGGAACCUGUUAUAAGAGUCGUUGCUAAUAAUUUUGUUAGCGAUCACUGUGCUAGCGAAGUUAUGACUGCUGGUUUAAAUGCUAUUAGAGAAAUUUGUACGAGACAGCCAUUAGCAAUGGAUGCUACUCUUUUACAGGAUUUAACAGAAUAUGGUAAAGAUAAAAAUAAAGGCGUUAUGAUGGCUGCUAGGUCGUUAAUUGGAUUAUUCCGUGAAAUUAAUCCUGAAUUAUUGAAACGAAAGGAUAGGGGUAAAAUAGCAAGUAUGAAUUUAAAAGAUUUUAAACCAUUACAAUAUGGUGAAGUUCGCGCUAUGGAGAGAAUCGAAGGAAUUGAAUUAUUAGAAGAGUAUAAAAAACAAUCAUCACUUGGUGAUGAUGAACAUAAAGAUGAAUGGGCUGAAUGGGAAAUUGCUUCAGAUGAUUCUUCAGGAGAAGAAGGUUGGAUUGAUGUGCCUUCCGAUGAUGAUCAAGAUAUUGUUGUUAGUGAUAGCAGUGAUGAAGAAAUUGACAAAAAUAAUGUCGAUGUAAAUGAAAAGAAUGUUAAUGAAGAGAAGGUUUCAACUUUAGCAACGACUCAACUUUUGACUCCGGCAGAUUUUGCAAAGUUAAAUGAGCUUAAAUUAGAACAUAAGACUGAACAAAUAGUAGAUGGAGGAAAACGAAAAAGAAGUUCCACACAACAAAAUGAACCAUCUGAUAUUAUCGAUGUUAAUACAAUUACUGGUCCACGUAAAAAAGCUAAACAAGAUUAUGAAGAACGUAUAGAAUCAAUUAAAGCUGGACGAGAAGGACGCGAAAAAUAUGGAAGUUCGAAAGGUAAAAAAGUUGAAGGUGCUAGCACCACUAACAAAGAAAAGGCAAGGAAUAAAGCUUUUAUGAUGGUAAUACACAAGAAAAAUGUAUUGCAUAAAAAGAAGAUGAGCUUAAGAGAAAAACAGAUUCAAUUAACAAACCGAGUUAAUAAUAAAAGAAAAUCAAGGAAAAAAUAAAUUAUUUAUUAUUAUUUUACCCGUAAAAAAAAAAAAAUAUUUUUUUUUUGGUGUAGUUCAUUUAUCAUCAUCAACAACGUCGAAUAUUUUAUGUAGAAUUAACAAAGCAUCCUUAUACCUAAAUAAUUUUAUAUUAAUCAAGAUUUUGUCAAUAAAAUUUUUUUUUUU